ACAGCAAUCAAGGUCUGGCCAGGCGCUGUCAGGUCCGUUGGUGUCGCGGCCAGAAGGAUGCUCUGUAACCUCCCGGGUUACCUUGCACACUUGGGUUGCCCGGAGACGCCUCGGAGCCAGGCGGGUCGCUUGCCCUCCCUGCCCUUCCCCGGCCGGGGAGAGCCGGCUUCGGGUGCGCAGAGGGAGCAGCCCGCUCGGGCAAGAGCGUUAUGGUAAAACACUCCCACGAAAAUAUUAAUACACGCAACAGAAGGUUAGCGGAGUUAUUAUCCCUUUCAAUUCAUUUUUUACUUAAAAACGCAAUGGAAUUAUUCAUUUUAUUAAGGGGGAAGAAAUUAAAGAUUAGGCUUUAGGCGGUAUUUUACCUCCCUCUAAUCGCUUCUGGGAUCGGAUUGGAGUAAUCCUGACGACGAGAUGAAUUCGCCAGUGACUCGGAUUUUGAAUGCAUGUAGAGAUACGUUAUGAUAAUAAUGCAAGUGAGCAAUAUCAAGAACAUAGCUUAGGAGCGAAUGAAACACAAAGCUGAUUACGGGGAAAAAGAGAACAGCAGCUUUCCCGGGCAGAGCACGAAAUCAACUCGAGGCAAAACUUUUGCCCUUAAUUCCUCCGACGGUUCGUAACACUGGGAGGCCGGCAGGCCCGCUCCUUCCCCCGUCGGCCCCUUCUGCCGGGACUCGAUAAGUGCCGCCAGACUGGAGGGAAGCCCCGGGCCCGUCGUGAACCUGCCAAAAGAAACCGGCCAAAAAGUUUCUUAUUGCUACCUUCAGAGCCUGUAAAUCUUUCUGCCUCUAGCAAAACAAACCUGCACUAGCACGACUGCAGGACAUUUGCAGCUCAGCAGAUAUGCAAAAUCGCUAAAAAGAUGAGGUCCGAGAGCAAGGCAAAGCUCGGGACAGGGCUGAAAAAAAUCGACAGUGAUUUUAGUGACUCUACCUAUACUGCGGGCAACUCCAGAAUUAACGAGGCUCCAUCUCUGAGACGGAACGGGAUGACUUUUCCCCCCAAAAAAAUUUUUAAAACGUUGCUUUUAGAUCGCUAUUGAAUAAUUAGGCACUAAUGUAAGUUUUCCUGCACAGUACAAAAAGAAAGUAAGACGUAUCCGAAGGGAACUAACGAAUAAUAAAGCUCCCGUUUCUCCAAGAGUGUAUCUCAGUAUGGAGGAUAAUUGCAAUGGCAGGGCUGUAAUUGCGGCUUUGGGAUAUUUACCCUGCUCAAAUGACACUACAUAUUUUACUUUCAAACACGUGUCAAAAAGUCAAUCCCAAAAAGACCAGUUAAGAGCAAGCUGUUAACAUAUUAAGUAUAUGGGAUUUGAAGCCUCUAAAACCCACUCAACAAUAAUUCCCUUCUUCAGCACCAAUCAAGAGGAAAUUUGCCUAGAUUGAAUUAAAUGUAAAUUGCUCUGAAGGAGGCAACUCUCUUCUGGCGGACACAAAAUACGCGAGAGACACCGACACACCGGAGAAGCAGGGGAACACGGCUCCGGCCCCCGUCCCACCUCCCCCCUCCCCCGCGGGUCACUGCUGCCUCCUUCUCCCUCAGGUCGGUGACACCGGCCGAGCCGGGGCUGGUGGUGCCAGUGCAGGAAGCAGCAGAAAUAAGUAGCGAUUGUCCCGAGUCAUUGGUGCGCCAAAGUAAACUGUGAUGGGCUGGCAUGAGUCCACUGGACUGAGAAGGCUGGUUCCGCCGGCGGAGACUGUGGUGAUGGUGGCGGCGAUGAUGCUGAUCUCCCUCCUCGCAGAUCAGUAACAAGAAAAGGGGCAGAGAAAGUGAAAGAGAGAGAGAGGGGAGAGGAGGGAAAAAAAAAAAAAAAAAAAAAAAGAGGCGUCUACCAGAGCGGCACAAACCGGGCGAACAAAUGCAAUUCAGCCAUGGACAAUAGUGGCCACCACACGGCGACCAAAACCCUAGCGACUCCUCCAGCCAGAGAAAGCCUGUCUGCCAGGAGCAACAUGAUCAGCACGCCCAAGCCCCUCGCCUUCUCCAUUGAGCGCAUCAUGGCGCGGACUCCAGAGCCCCGCUCCAUCCCCGUCCCGCAGCUCCUCCAUGGCUCCGUGGCCAAAGGCGACCCCAAGCACCCGCUGCAUCUCAACUCUUCCAUCCCCUGCAUGAUCCCAUUUGUCCCGGUGGCGUACGACACCUUGCCCAAAGCGGCGGUGGCCGGAGCGGAACCCAGGAAGGCUCACUUAGACUCCUCUUCCUCACCCUCCUUUAGCUGCGGCGAUCUCUUGAACUGUGCCCUGAGCUUGAAAGGAGAUUUCCCCCGCGAUGCCCUGCCCUUGCAGCAGUACAAACUGGUAAGACCCCGAGUGGUCAAUCACUCCUCCUUCCACGCCAUGGGAGCCCUGUGCUAUUUCAACCGAGGCGACAGCCCCUGUCACCCGUCCUCCAGUGUCAACAUCCACCCGGUGGCUUCUUAUUUCCUCAGCUCUCCCUUGCACCCGCAGUCCAAGGCUUACCUGGCGGAGCGGAACAAGCUGGUGCUGCCGACCGUGGACAAGUACCCGGCGGGGGUGGCCUUCAAGGACUUAUCGCAGGUUCAGUUGCAGCACUACAUGAAAGAAAGUGCUCAGAUCCUCUCAGAAAAAAUCUCCUAUAAAACCUCUGAGAUCAGCCGCGGCUCUCCCAGCAGCAAGCCCAAAGUUUUCACGUGUGAAGUUUGUGGAAAGGUAUUUAAUGCACAUUAUAACUUAACGCGCCAUAUGCCAGUGCACACGGGAGCCAGACCCUUUGUUUGCAAAGUUUGCGGGAAGGGUUUUAGACAGGCGAGCACGCUUUGCCGGCACAAGAUCAUCCACACCCAGGAAAAGCCACACAAGUGCAACCAGUGCGGCAAAGCCUUUAACAGGAGCUCGACGCUGAACACGCACACUCGAAUACACGCCGGGUACAAACCAUUUGUCUGUGAAUUUUGUGGCAAAGGAUUUCACCAGAAAGGCAAUUACAAAAACCACAAGCUGACUCACAGCGGGGAGAAGCAGUUCAAGUGCAAUAUCUGCAACAAGGCUUUCCACCAGGUGUACAACCUGACCUUCCACAUGCAUACCCACAACGACAAGAAGCCCUUCACCUGCCCCACCUGCGGCAAAGGCUUCUGCAGGAACUUUGACCUCAAGAAGCACGUCCGCAAGCUGCACGACAGCGCCCUGGGACUGCCCCGGCCCCCCGCCGAGCUGGGGGGGCCCGACCCACCGCCCCCGCCCGGGCCGCUGCUGCAGGGCCCGCCGCCGCUCCAGCCCUGAGGGGCGGCCGCCCGUGCGAGCCCCCACAGCCUCUUUGCAUGCACCUGUUAAGCGGUUUUGUGUAUUAUGCUCUAUAUCGCCACUAACGUUUAUGGGACUGAUUGUUGUUUUUUUUUUUUUUAUUUUUUUCGUUUGUUCUUUAAAGACUCGAUUUUUUUUUUGUUGUUGUUGCAUCUCAGGGGGAGAGAUGGUUUAAAAAAAAAAAAGAAAAAGCGCCAAGCCAAUUUCUGCUGUAUUUAUUUGGGAUCUGUAUUACCCUAGCGGGGAACGCUGAACCACUUUAAUUAUUUCGAUGUAUAUAUAUCCCCUCUGUGUUGAUCUUGUCCUGCCUCUGCUGCCUGCUGGUUAUCCCACCCUUCUUGGUUUCGUCCUCUUCCUCUUCCCCCUGAAUAUAGUAUCUAUAUGGACAGAACUGUU